AUGGUGAUGCUUGCUGAGCUGCUGGUGCUCUUGGCUGCCCUCCUGGCCACAGCCUUGGACUACAUCAUCAGCACUGACGCGCAUUCAGAGGAGUGCUUCCUCGAACGGGUCACCUCAGGCACUAAGAUGGGCCUCAUCUUCCAGGUGGCCGAGGGCAGCUUCCUGGACAUCGACGUGGAGAUUACAGGCCUGAUAAUAAAGUAA